GAACUUGACAUAAAAGCCCGCAAAUUUGUUCCUCUAAAUUUCACGGACGCCCGAGAAGCCUUUGCCUGCGCUAUAGGGUUUUAAAGAAACGACGUCACACUACAGUCUCUCUCCCUUUCCUGCAACCGCAACCAGCUCGGCCGCUGCCGCAUAGUCCCUAGGUAUCUUCUUCUUCUUCGCGGAUAUCCUGUUUUAAGGCUUAGAAAAUUAUAAUAUCCAUCUUCCCAGGCAUCCCUACUAUGCUGAAUCUCUCUCUCACUCUCUGUCUCUCUCUUGAGAACAACCCUGACAGGAAGACUUCGCUCUCUAUCCUUGCUGUUUUGAAGUAAAAGGUUUUCAUCUUCAACAUAAAAUUUAGUUGAUAAAAUGGCCGCCAAAGCUGUAGACAUUGCAGUGAGAACUCCAAGUUUUAGCUUUCCUUCAAUUACACCACGUCGGGCAAGUGCUAGGAUUUUUACUAUCAGAUGCUCUGUUCAUCUCUCUCCAGAUGGUCCUACCCUUGGUUUGGUGGAAAGACCUUGGAAAGUAGCCGAUGCUAGACUUGUGCUUGAAGAUGGUUCAAGAUGGAGUGCCAGGUCCUUUGGUGCUUCAGGAACCCAACUUGGUGAAGUCGUUUUUAACACAUCAUUAACUGGGUAUCAAGAAAUCCUCACAGACCCUAGUUAUGCAGGGCAGUUUGUCUUGAUGACAAACCCACAUAUUGGCAAUACUGGUGUUAAUUUUGAUGAUGAGGAAUCAAAGCAAUGCUUCCUUGCUGGUUUAGUGGUUAGAAGUUUAAGUAUCAGUACGUCAAAUUGGAGAUGUGCUGAAAAGCUUGGUGAUUAUUUAGCAGAAAGAAACAUCAUGGGAAUAUAUGAUGUUGACACUCGUGCAAUUACCCGUAGAUUAAGACAAGAUGGGAGCCUUAUAGGUGUUUUGAGCACAGAGAAAUCCAAAACAGAUGAAGAACUGUUGGAAAUGUCUCGUACAUGGGAUAUUGUUGGCAUUGAUUUAAUAAGUGGUGUCUCCUGUGAUGCCCCUUAUGAAUGGACAGAUAAAACGGCUUCCCAGUGGGAUUUCAACUCUAGUGGAGAGAAAGAAGCUUUCCAUGUCGUCGCAUAUGAUUUUGGUAUCAAGCAUAAUAUAUUGCGGCGCUUGGCAUCCUAUGGAUGCAAAAUCACCGUUGUUCCUUCAACAUGGUCAGCUUCAAAGACUCUAAAGAUGAAGCCAGAUGGAGUCCUUUUCAGCAAUGGCCCUGGAGACCCAUCUGCAGUUCCUUAUGCAGUUGAGACCGUGAAGGAAAUUGUGGGAAAGGUUCCUGUUUUUGGAAUUUGCAUGGGCCAUCAGUUGCUUGGUCAGGCAUUGGGUGGCAAAACCUUUAAAAUGAAAUUUGGUCAUCAUGGAGGAAAUCACCCAGUAAGAAACCUUCGGAAUGGGCGUGUUGAGAUCAGUUCUCAGAAUCACAACUAUGCAGUUGACCCAACCUCACUUCCAGAAGGUGUGGAAGUGACACAUAUCAAUUUGAAUGAUGGAAGCUGUGCAGGUCUUGCCUUUCCUGCAUUGAACAUAAUGUCCCUUCAAUAUCAUCCCGAAGCAUCUCCUGGUCCCCAUGAUUCUGAUCCUGCUUUUAGAGAAUUCAUUGAACUAAUGAAAAGGAGAAAGCAAGCUAAGCAAAUUGUAUGAGCAAAAUCUGCAAAUUUUGGUGGGGAGAGCUGGCAAUGCAAUCGUAAUAGUUUGGAUGGGAUUGUAAUCACCAAAUUCUUUGCCCCUUUUGUGUUUUACGUUUUUCCAUUGCCUUGGUUGAUUUGUGUUGUUGCAUCAAUAAAUUGAGGUCUGAAGUGAAUAUAUAUUGUCACAGUUUUUUUGAGAUUAUUUAUCCAUUUUUGAGUAUUUAAUAGAAGCAGAAUAUCAUUUACCACA